AUGAUAGUUGAUGAGUUUGUAAAUUCAAGAAGUAAAGAAAUUAAAGAAAUAGAAAAGAGUAUAGAAACUAAAAAGAAGCAGUCAUUGAUAUGGCAAAGAUUACCUCAUUAUAAAAGAAGAAGGAAUAGAAAUUAUGAUAAAAGACAUACUAAAAAAGUUAAACCGAGAAAGAAAGACAGGCAUGUAUUGAGAACGCACACUUACUUUGCUAAGAGAUUCUUUAUGUUAAAAUUAAAAGAUAAACUAUCAAUACCAUUAAACAGGAGAGUUAAGAGUGAUAAGUUUAUUUAUAAAUUCAGUUUACGUUUGUUAGUAUUUGAUGAGUCAUUUAGAGGUGUUUUUGAAUAUAAAAGAGAUGAACAGACAAUUGAAGAAAAUUCUGAUUUAAUUGUAGUUGGUGAUAAAAUAAUUAGCAUUGGUAAACAACUAAACAAAGAAUUAAUAGAUAGUAAGUUAUGUUCAUUUGUAUUAUAUGGUAAAGAUAUUGAUUUAAAUAUAUUAAAAGAAGAUUAUUAUAUAAAGAUAAUUGAAUUAAAUAGUUUGUUAGAAAAGUAUAAAAUUAUUUGUUAUAGAAAUAGAGCAAUGAAAAUAUUAAAUACUCUAAUUAGUAAUAAAUAUACGGCAUUAAGUUUAAAUGAGUUACAUAGACUGUCAUUAGAAAAUAAUAUUAUGACAAUAUAUGAUAAUGUUCAGAGUGAUAUUUAUAAACAAAUAUCAUUAUCACAAAAUGACAUUUUGAUAGAUAAAUUAAACAAAACACCUAAAGGUAAACAAUCAAAAACUACAAUUCUUAACUUAAAUGAAAUAUACAAAGAUAAAGAAGUAUCUUACUUUGUAUUUAAAGUAGAUAAAGGAACAGUAAGUAGUUAUACAAAUAUACUUGCAGUCAAUAAUAUUCAUAUAGGACAUGUAAUAAGAUCAUCUUUUAAAUUUAGUUCUGGUAGUGUUUAUGGGCUGGGUGUAACUGAUUGUAACAUAGAAGUUAAUGAAAUACUCAAAUUUAAAAACAAACAAAAUCAUUUUUAUUCUGGCAAAAUUAUUAAAAUUUUUUAA